CUUUAUCAUGACAACAGAGAGGAACCAGGGAACACUGUCAUAAUCUCUAAAGGAAAUAGAUUAGGAUGAUUUUCAAGUCAAGAAGCCUUAUCUACAUCAAACAGUGAGUUUCUGUCUUAUUUUAAGAUGCAGGUGAGGCGGUGACUGUCCUGAGUCAGUGCCUGGAUGCAGUAAUGGACUGGAUGAGUGUGAACAAGUUGAAACUCAAUACAGACAAGACAGAAGUACUGUUGGUUGGUGGUUCCUCUGCCCAGAUGAAUGAUGUUCGGCAGCUGCACUCCCCAUGAAGGAUCAGACUCUCUAAGAAUGGAUGCCCCAGCCAGCCACAUUGCGACCUGUGCUAUUUUGCCAUUACAGAGGCAAAUUUUGACAGCAUUGUUCUUGGUCUUCAUACUGGUACCUCUUGCCACCAUCAGGCCUGCAGCUGUUGCCAAGGAGUCACAUAAAACAUGUAAAGAAAUACAGAUCCUUCAAGGAGUUCAAGACGCAAGGACACGUGCAGGGAAAAUAUUCUCUUAUCCAAUAUCACCAUUUGCUUUUCAGGGAAACAUCACUCACUACAAGGUAACUCUGGCUAGUGGUUCAGCCUUGCCAAAAUGGUUGGAAUAUAAUCCUAAUACAAGUACCCUUCAAGGGCUGCCAAUGCUGCAGGAGAGUGGAGAAUACCAUCUAACUGUAGUUGCAUAUGGAGAGGCAUGUGGCUUGAAUAUACCAACUGCUGAUGUUACUUUCACACUUCUUGUUCAAGACAGUGUUUUCAUCCACGAAAAGGAAGAGGGCCCAAAGAAGAAGACUAUGGACGAUGUUAUCUGUUCUGGAGGAAUGUGUACAAGGGAAAUUUCUGUCACCUUUGCUGGGAUAAUAAUCCACCACCCAGCUAACUCUCUAGCAACGCAAGAGCGACUGUAUCUCAUUUGCACCAUGGCAGAGUAUCUCCACUUGGAUCCUUCCCUGUUGACACUUACUCCACUUGAAGACUCAUUUAAUAAAUACUUGUGGAAUCUAACUGUACUAGCUGAAGAUAUUAGAUACAUCAGCACAGUGAAAAGUCAUUUUGUAGGACUCUACUGGCCUGUUGGGUUUGGGGUGUUUGCUAUGCUCUAUGAAUUAGUACAAGUACUACAACACAAUGUUGAGUCAAACAAUCUCUCACAACUACUGGGAUAUAAAAUUGCUGGAUGGAGAAUACUAAAAAAAGAAGACAUUGCAACAAAACAUACAGGGAAACGGCACAGGAGGCAAUUAAUGGCCACCCCAAGGCCUGCACUGAGACCAGUCAAAACAGCAGACUUCACAAUUUUGUCAGGCACUCUGCUGCAUACAAAAUCUGUUGCAAGACCUAGUGAGAGUUCGGUAUUUUUGUAUGAAGUCACCAGGACAAUUGUCCCCACAAACACUGAUAACUUUUUACAUUCUGUAAGCCAAAAGGAUUUAGGGACUUCAGAUAAGCAAACAUUCAUGGAUGUUCAAACGAAAACACCAACAUCUUCCAUUUUUCAGGAUCUAUCUUCUGCUUUUCUUGAACUUUCACCUUCUCUGAUGACAGCAUCAACAGAACUUGAGAAUGUGGCUUCCAGAACACCGCCAAUAUCUGAGCAACUACCAUCUCAAGUGCCACAGAAAGAUAUGUACUCUGCACCUAAGAAAUCUGAGCCAAAGCAUCAUUUCAUAUUCUCUCAUUUAAACCUUUCUUUGCCAACCAGCAAAACCCAGUUCUCAGGACCCAUUCACCUUAUAAUGGACACUUAUGUUCUAACUCCUUCUAAAAGAAUUCCUUUAACACACUUAUCAAAAGAAACAGUAAUAAGUCCAGUUUAUCGUCCACUGAUAACAGCAUCUGGAUUACUAUCUGGAGAGAGAAUUUCUACAGCAAAGCUUCCUGUACCUCUAAUAUCGGCACUGAUGAAUCAGACAGCAUCAACUGGGUCUGAAUUUUCUAGAGUUGUCAUGUCUUUGCUUUUGUCAGAUAGCAGCUUUCAGAAUCAAGACCUAUUUAGCAAAUACAAGUAUGACUCAGAGUUAUAUUUGUCAUUUGCACAGAUUGACCAAUCUCCGUUUACAGAAGAAUGUUCUUCACCACUAACUACAACCCACACUGAAGUAAGCAGCUGGAAUAUUAACACCAAUGUGCUUGGUAUUACAUCCACAUCUGAUUCUUCAGCUAUAAGCAGUGUUUCAAUUCACAAGCUUGGAUUGCCUCCUGAUGCAAGGGUAACAGUUCAGUUGUAUUACAGUGACAAUACUCCAGGCUUGGCAAUGUACAGCACUCAGGAAUUCAGCAUGUCCCUGUCUGCCCAGUUCCUAGAAUUUGAAAUACUAUCUAGAACAAGCAGUAUCCCUGCAAAGUUUCCUUUACUGCCAUUAUCAAUGUCAGUGGAAUUGACAGUGUCAGGUGGACUUAGUAAUACAUUAUCAGUGGAAGAAUUAUUGUCUGAAAGGAAACAGGUUAGCCCAGAGAUAUUCAUGAACUAUGAACAUAUAUCAGAAUCUUUUAAGCCUGUUCCACAGACAUAUGGGCAUUUAUUUACAAAAGAUGAAAUCUCAGCUUUUACUGCUGCCCGCAUGGACACUCCCUUGUGGAAUAAACAAUCACAGUUAAUUUUCGUCACAACAUCCAGUGCAAUUGUUUUAAGCAGCAGGUUCCUUGGUGAAGACAGCCUGUCUCAUGAAAUGAGUUUUUCUUUGGAGUGGUAUUCUUCUAAUGCUGUACUGCUUUCCUGGCUUGAAUGUGCUGGCAUCCCCAAGUCAUGUUUAUCUACAAAGGAUGUUGACUUUUAUGACAGCAGUGCUGUUAAAACUCCUGUGGUGCAUCCUGAUUCUAUACACCUGGACAUGAGUGAUUUAAGCUUGAACAGCUCAUUUGGAACCAAAGCCCCCUUUCAAAUCAGCAGAGAGUUUACUUCAGAACUGAUGGCAACAUCAGCUAUUACCUCCCAUAAAGAAAUAUCAGUACAGACCAGAUUCUAUCACACUUCUACCUACCAAGGAGUACAAGGUCAGAUAAAUACUUCCCCAAGAAUUGUUAAUGCCGUUAAGUGGAUAACAGCAACAAUUGGACACAAGUUCUCCUUUUCAAUACCUCCAGACACAUUUUAUGACCAAGAGGAUGGAAAUACAACACAGCUGACACUUGGAAUAAAUCCAGCUGAUGGUUCUCCAUCCGGUCAGGAAAGCUGGUUACAGUUUAAUUUGCAUUAUCAAACCAUGCACGGCUACCCGCUUGAUAGUGAUUUGCAGUAUUCACCUCAGGAUUUUUUUCUCUUUGCCACUGAUUCAGGAGGACUAAAGACUUCAGAUACCCUCACAAUAGAACUACUCAGGCCAAGUAUUAUUCCAUGUCACAUUUAUACCGUAAGAACAAAAAAUAGUUAUCACUCAUUCCUGAGAAACAGGCAACGAGUUAGCUUGUUUUUUGAGAAGCUAUCCAAAUAUUUGAGUAUGGCCAGUCCUGGAAACCUGACACUGCUUCGCCUCAGGCCUGGCUCGACUGUGGUCACAUGGUACAACAGUCAUUUUUGCACAAGGACCAACAGAUGCGCAAGAGAUGAAAUCCAGAGAACACUGAUCAAAUUAGGAGUGCCUGGUGGAAAUGUUAAUCCAGAUUUUGUCGAAGCAAUGUUGCCCGACUACAAAAUAGACCAAAUUGAGGAUUUUGCAUAUGGUGGAAUCUGUUCAUCUUUUGCAAAGCCAUUAAAUGAAUCUCUGACUACAAACAGGACGUUAGCUACAUUUCAGGACAGCCAUCCUUGGCUAAGAAACAUCAUACCUGCCUUGCUAAUCAGCUUAGGUACUGCAUUUAUGGUGAUUCUGAUCAUUAUUUUUCACUACUGUAAAUACCUCAAGAAAGUAUCUGGAUCACAAUCUAUAUGUUUUAAUGAGAGACCCUGCUUUAGCUAUGUUGACUUGGAAAUGAGUAUGUUGAAAUCUCGCAAGCCACCUAUCUUUGAACAAGAGGUUCCUCGGGCAGUUCAGUCAUGGUUAUCUGUGCCAAGACCUUCCCAACAACACCUUUUCAGACCAAACAGAAGACUUGUUGCCUCAAGGCUACCCCCACCACCAAAAUAUCGACUUCCACCAUCUUAUGAAAUAGAACUGAGUCAGACUUGUCAUGACCACAGGAAUUCUUAUCAAAGCUAGAUUUUACAAAAAACAGAAAUGAAGAAAAGUACUUCAAGAUACAUGUUUUUAAGGUAACCCUCCAAAAAGAUGACUUUUAAAAAAUGGAGUAUGGCACAUGGAAGUUGGCAUGGAGAGUAUAACUUUGGAAGACUAAUUUUAGCUCAUCUUGUUGCAGAGGAAAGCUCAAAAACUUGUUGGUUCAGAAGGGAGGUCACAUUCCUGCUCAAAAAGGGGAAAAAAACUAGUUGGAUUUAUGUUGGAAGUUUAGAAACUGACCUGACUUGCAAGCACAACUUCCUAUGACUUCUCUUCCUGGCAUCAAAUGUGAUUUCUGACUGUGGUAAUUUAAUAAAAACAAUCUAAAGGUAUCUCCUGCACAGGAUAGCUAACAGUGGAACACCAAUUCAGCAUUACACAUCCAAACUUUAAGCAACUAAUUCUGUGGGAUUGUUCAGCCUACUGAAGUUAGAUAUAUUUCUGAGUGUCUUGAAUAUUGAAGAUACUGAGCUCUAUCACAUUAUUAUACCCCACUUCCCAAAACAAACACACAUGCACAAACACCAGGUUAAAAGCCUAGUGAUGUACCAUACAUAGGGAAAUGUAUGAAAAUGUUUAGACAUGUUCAUUGUCAAGUCCCUCAUUGGGCGGGGGUGGGGAAGAGACUACCUUGGGAUUAGAACAGAUUCCCCAAGAAUUGAUAAUCCAAGAAGCUUGUUCUAUAUACAUGAAACCAUAGCCCAUGCCUGAAGAAUGAAAACUCUAGUUUGGCAUUUUACAGUGGCUGCUAGCCAACAACUUAAAUAUGCUGCCAAAUUCAGAAGGGGAUUAGUCUCUGAUCUCAAAAUCCAGGAAGGAGCCAGAGUGGUGGUUUUGGCUGGAUAAGGAGCUUUAAACAAUUAGCAAAAAUGUAGCUGAAACAACAGGGGGUUGGUUUUGUUAAUUCAGAGAUAAAAAGCAAUUAAAAGAGUUUGGUUUACUACUUGUGAUAUUUCCCUUAAAGAGCAAGUUUAUUUUACAUGAAGUAUGUUAAAGCUUCACUCUACCAGAUAUAUCUGGUAACACCACAAAUAGCAAAUUACAGCUGGCUUUGUAGUUAUACUGCAACAGCAUUGUAGGGACACUAGCCUAAAUAUUUAGGCUUGUGAUAUCAGGCUGCUUUCUUUCUACAAUUGCUGUUCUGACUUAUAACGCUCAAUUUCAGAAAUGCACCGUGAUAGAGAUUCAGCAAAAUAUCUUUUAGAUUUUCAACACAUGUUGCUAAGGGUAUGUGUCAAACUUCAAAGCACUAACUCAUACAAGCUGGUAUGAGGAGAGCUGGUGUUGUGGUAGCAAGCUUGACUUAUCCCCUUAGCUAAGCAGGGUCUGCCCUGGUUGUAUAUUAAUGGGAAACAUGAUGUGUGAGCACUGUAAGAUAUUCUCCUUGGGGAUGGAGCUGCCCUGGGAAGAGAAGAAGGUUUCAAGUUCCCUCCCUGGCAUAGAUAGGGCUGAGAGAGAUUCCUGCCUGCAACCUUGGAGAAGCUGCUGCCAGUCUGGGUAGAUAAUACUGAGCUAGAUGGACCUAUGGUCUGACUCAGUAUAUGGCAGCUUCCUAUAUUUCUAAGCAAACACUCUCUAUGCAGUACUUUCUCUGCAGGACUACAGAGAGCCAGCAGUUCACUCCUUAAUGUGAACUGGUUACACACAGAGAUAGACAUUUCUACAAACAGAAAAACACUGUGUGCCUCGAGGUUUCUGCACGUGAUCCUGUGCACAAGAAGCAUUGUUUGGAGAACCAAAUAGAGUCUGCAGCAGUACACCUUGAAAAGUUGCACACACAAACUAAAACUAGUUGGAAAAGGACUACCUUACUCAUCUUGUAUUUGUCCACAAACAACAGUUCUGUGUGUCAGGUCACCCUCAACUCCUCCAUUUUUCAUAAGAUGAAAAGUGAGCCUAUGGCUGACUUGAGAUUUGAACCCAGGACUCCUGAGUCCAAAACUGUAUUUUUAUGUAUCAUCAUUCUUCAGAAAUGAUGGCCUCCCAAAAAGAUGUUUGUAUAUCUGAAAAAGUGGAAUAUAACUGAAAACAAAAACUCAUAGAAAACAUUGUGUUUUCUGUAAUAGGCUGUAAAGCAAUUUUUAGAAAUACGCCUACUAGCUGGAAAAGUCUUGCUUUAUUCAAUCGUAGACCAAAAAGAGAAUGACAACUUUAAUGUAACAUUUAGAGUUUACAUUUUUAUAUAAAAUGGCUAAAAUUAGAAAAAUGUAAAAACUAAAUCAAAACAAGUUAAAUACAAUCUUAGAAUAACAGGUAUUGAAUCAACCGCAAAAUAAUUAUCCAGC